AUGGAUGUUGGUGACCUCUUGGCGAGAGAAGCACCUCGGGCUAGCGGCGCCAGCGAGGGCAGGCCAUCGAGCCGUCAGCACUCGACUCGGCACUCGUUACCGUCGCAGACGAUGCAGUAUCAGGACCGCAUGUAUGACGGUGCAGCUGAUGCCCCCACAAGCACAUACACCGAGCCUCCUCGCCCCUCGAGGGCCAAGCAGCAGAAGCAUGUCACUUUUGAACUUCUUCUGCCCGAGGGCCAGGACCGCGAGCACCGCGCUCGUCUACCCAUGCGAGUCAUGAUCUCUCCCCACGACACUACGGACUCUAUCAUCACCACAGUGCGCAAUUUCUACGGCUUGUACGAAGGUCCUGGUGUCAGCUUCCAGGACAAGGAAGGACGCAUCCUCAUUGCAACCUUUGAGAAUUUUGAGCACAACAUGGUCGUCUACGUUCGUAUGACUGCGCCUGACCCAGCUGUUGCAGCUGCUGCCAGCCAGGCGCGAUCGGCCACGACUUCGCCUCGCAAGCCAAAGCUGGCUGCUCCUAUUGACAUGCGCCCGCCAUCGCGCAACUCUCGACCGACUUCGCGCGCUGCUGGUGGCCGAAGUCUGUCCCCUCAGUCCAACCGUAGCCAUCGCAGCACAUCGAAGCCACAAUCUCGCAGUGGCUUCCGUCCCAAGGAGAAGGAGAGCUUGUACGACGACAUGUAUGCCGGAGAUACUGAUUACGACAGCGAUGGUGCCCAUAGUCGUCGCUCCAAGAUUGAGCCGCAUGCCAGUGCCGAGAUCAGCGUCGAGAACAUCGUCGAGGGUGGUAGAAGGAAGCGGGCUAAGUUUGACAGCUCGGAACUUCCUCUUUUCGUCCCUCCGCAGGUGCCGGCCGCCAACUCAAUAUCGUCUGUCUCCCCUCAAAGACGGCCUGCUCCUAACGGCGACAUUGUUGCCUCUCCAUUCUCUUGGCCCAAUGGGCGCAACAUCACCUACCAGCAGCCUCUCCCAUCGCCCCAGAGCUACAAUGGCGGCUACUACAGCACUCCGUACAACACAACCUUCCGUGGCCGCGCUGUACCUACCUUCGGGCCUCGCUCAUCGGUUGGCGGUGGAGCCAUCUUGCCUACGCCAGAGCCCACCAAUGCAAGCGUCAUUUCUGACGAGGAUGUCGCCUUGCAGCUCAUGCGCCUUGGCGAUGCGUCAAACUUCUCCUCCCACGGUCGCACCUCGACAUCCACUAUGGACGAUGGCCUAAGUGGCAAGGCAGACGCUGCUUCCUCGGUUGAUGAGGACAGUGACCUUGUCGACGAAGAAGCUACGAGGCUUCGGCAGCCCACAUCGCAUGCCGCCGGACCACGUAGGAAGAAGCAGCGUGUGCUUGACGAAACCCUUCAAAGCACCGACAGCAUACACUCUAGUGCCGACGACUACUCCGAAGCAGAUAGUGAUGUUCCCGAAUACGAUGAGAAUGGCGUCCAUAUCGCUCGUGCCAUGUCGAAGGCAAAGGGCAUGCCUAAUGGCAAGCCCCGUGGCAGCGUCUCUUCUAUCAACGGCUCUGUCAAGUCUGCUAAGAGCCGUGUACCUAGUGGUCAGGUCAAGUCCAAGCCGAAGUCGAACACAAGCUCGACUUCGACAAAGGUUCCCAUCUCGCCAGCCUCUCUACCGUCGCAGUCCCGUAAGACGUCGGCUGCUUCGACCAUCAACUUCCAACAUCAACUCGGCAUUGACGAAGAAGACUUGUCCACUAAGCCUCGUUGCCAGAGAUGCCGCAAGAGCAAGAAGGGCUGUGAUCGCCAAAGACCAUGUGGCCGCUGCAAGGACGCCGGCAUUGGCAUCGAAGGCUGUGUCAGCGAAGACGAGGGCAACGGUCGCAAAGGCCGCUACGGUCGUCACAUGGGUGUUCCUGUCAAGAAGUCUGACCUUGGCUACGACGAGUAUGACUCUAUCCCACUAACUGCUGCUGGCGGUGCUGGCGAGUUCCUUGCCCCUGCCCUUCCUGACAAGAACAAGAAGAGAAAGCGCUGA